AUGGAUGCUGCCACCGCCCUGUCACUUGCUGCAACUGCGGCCACGAGCCUGAUCGCCGCAACUUCCCCGCCCAGCCUGGCAUCAUAUCCAGACACCGCAUCCCCAUCUCCCUCAUCACACACGCUGUACUACCAUGGGACCCCUCCAUCUGGUCCGGACCCCAACAAAGGCAAUGAUGGAGAGUGCAAGCUUCUGGGGCCGUUCUCUCUUCUCGUCCAAGCUGCUCUCGGGGCCCUCGCACUGCUAUCGCUGGUGUACAAGCGGUGGAGAGAGCGACCUCAGCGGCCGUUGAAAGUGUGGGCGUUUGAUGCGUCGAAACAGGUCUUUGGCUCGGGGAUGCUUCAUCUGGCGAAUCUGCUGAUGUCCAUGUUCUCGGCGGGUCAGUUCGAGAUUCAACACACAUUCAAGCCGAACCCUUGCUCUUUCUACUUGCUGAACUUGGGAAUCGACACAACUCUCGGUAUCCCGAUCCUGAUACUCCUUCUCCGAGUCCUGAACUUCUUUGCCUCCUAUACUCCUCUCGCCAACCCCCCAGAAUCCAUCGAAUCCGGCAACUACGGCCAUCCACCCCGAGCACUAUGGUGGCUGAAGCAGUCAAUGAUCUACUUCUUGGGCCUCCUAGGCAUGAAGGUCUGCGUGUUCUUCCUGAUCCAGGCCCUACCCUUCAUCGUCAAGGUCGGCGACUGGGCCCUAAGUUGGACAGAAGGGAACACGGCGAUCCAGAUAGCUUUCGUGAUGCUUCUCUUCCCCGUUAUCAUGAACGCCAUCCAGUACUACAUCAUUGACCACUUCAUCAAGAGACGGCUCUCCUACGACCUCUACACCGCUGUUGACACUGAUCACGUUGAAGAAGAUAAUCACCGGCGUGAAGCUCUCCUGGCUGGCCUGGACGAGUCCUACUCCACUGACUCUGACGACGAAGAGAGAUAUGUCAAGCCAACAGUCACAGUAUCACAGUCCAAGGCGACUGAAAGUGCAUUCCAGGAGUCAGAGGGCCCCCUCACCGAGGACCAUUCCCCAGUCCCGCCGUACGAGCCGCCAAGCUCUAGCAGCAGCCGCAGCGAACAAGAGAGUAAACCAUAUCCUGUUAAGGGAACACGCAACUGA